GAAGCAGUAGUAAGUUAAACAAAAUGUUCAGAUUUGCUGUAUUUGUUGCUCUCUUGGCCGGAUGCUAUGCAUCACCAAGGAUUGUGAACGGAACUGAUGCCAAGGAAGGAGAAAUCCCAUACAUCAUUUCUUUGAGACAUGGUAGUUCUCACUCUUGUGGUGGAUCUAUUUUGGAUGCCACUCACGUUCUGACCGCUUCCCAUUGCGUGGAUGGAAGCACCAACAACCCAUCUGCUUUCAAGGUCCAAUACGGUGUUUUGAAAAUCGGUGGAAAUCAAAAUGUUGUAGGUGUAAAAUCUAUCGUUAUGCAUCCAGAAUACAGUCCAUUCAACAACUACGCCAAUGACGUUGCUGUCAUUACUUUGGAUGGUGAAAUCAAGUUUGGAGAUAAUGUGAGGCCAACCAUCCUCCCACAGCCAUUCAGCGCCACCCCCGGAGACAAGACCGCUGUUUUGGCAGGUUGGGGAUACCCAUACAGCGGAGGUAAUGUCAUGCAAAACUUGCAACGCGUUGACAUCAUCUGUUAUACCGAUGCGAACUGCGAAUCUGCUCACCACGGAAGCACCGACAGGGAAGUUCAUGUUUGCGCUGGAAUUCCAGAAGGAGGCAAAGGACAAUGCAGCGGUGACUCUGGUGGUCCAUUGACCGUUGAUGGUGUCCAAGUUGGAGUCGUCUCAUGGUCUGUCAAACCAUGCACUGUUAAGGGAUACCCAGGUGUCUUUGCUCGUGUUGCCAACUACGUCGACUGGAUCAAGAAACAACUGUAAAAAUAUAUAAGAAAGAUGUGACGAACAACGUUAUAUAUUCAUUUCUUUUCUUUCAAAAAAAGUAUAGAAAUGCAAAUGUACAUACUACUAAUAACGAAAAUAAAGUAAUUUUAGUUAAAAAUUA